AUGGCCAAGUUUCUGCCGCUCCUCGUCCCGGCAGCAUGCGCGGCCGCGGCGGUAGCUAACGACCACCGCGUCGUGGUCUACUACCAGACGACCCAAACCAACAACAGCGCUACAAAUCACGUCUCGCUGCUGCCGCUCGUCGAGAGCGCCCCCGACAUCUCCGUCACCCACGUGCUGAUUGCCGCCAUCCACAUCCAGGACGACGCCACCAUCCACCUCAACGACUACCCCCCCGACAACGCCCUGUUCGACGCGGUCUGGUCCGACGCCGCGCAGCUCCAGGCCAAGGGCGUCACCGUCAUGGGCAUGCUCGGCGGCGCCGCGGCGGGCUCCUACCGGCGGCUCGACGGCGACGCCGCCUCGUUCGAGCGCUUCUACGCGCCGCUGCACGACAUGAUCGGGAACUACAACCUGCAGGGCCUCGACCUGGACGUCGAGGAGAGCUUCUCGCUCGCCGGCGUCGUCCGCCUCAUCGACCGCCUGAAGAAGGACUUCGGCGACGGCUUCGUCAUCUCCCUCGCGCCCGUCGCCUCGGCGCUGACCGGCGGCGGCAACCUCAGCGGCUUCAGCUACGCCGAGCUGGAGAAGCAGCGCGGGGGCUCGAUCGCCUUCUACAACGCGCAGUUCUACUACGGGUGGGGGAACGCCGGCAGCGCGGCGGACUACGAGUCGAUCCUGGACGACGGGUUCCCCGCGGAGAAGGUGGUCAUGGGCCUGGUGACGGACCCGUCCAACGGCGGCGGGUACGUGAGCCUGGACGCCGAGGCCCCGGUCCUCCAGGAGCUGGUGGGCGAGAACCCGGGGUUCGGCGGCGUCGCCGGCUGGGAGUACUUCAACUCGCUGCCCGGCGGCCGGAAUGCCCCCUGGGAGUGGGCCGCGUGGAUGGCGGACCACAUCAAGGCCGCGGCCGCGGGCGGGAGGCGCGAGAUCCCGGCUACGGAGAAGGUGUGGAGGGGGAUUCGCAAGGCCGGGCGGAGGGUGCGCCGCGAGGCUAAGAAGGUGUGGAGGGAUUACAUCGCUUAG